AGAGCCCUUCUGGACAGCUCCCGCUCACCCAAACAGAAGACGUCGGCGCCGGAGCGGGCUUGGACAUGGCGAGGCAGCGCGCCGGCCAGAGCAGCGGGGCCAGGUGAUCCCUCCCUCCCUCCCCGUCCCCUCCCCUCUCUCACACGCACGCCCCGUCCGCCCCCACCCCGCCCCCACCCCGGGCGAGCCCGCCCGCAGCCCGGGGCGCACACCCGCACGCGCGCUCCCCUCCACGCACUCCCGCACUCCCGCGCCUGCCCCCGCUCCCGCGGCUGAGCCCCGCCACGCGCGCUUGCCCGUCCGCCGGCCGCCCCCGCCGCCCCUGCCGCCCCCGGGCCCCGAUGGACUGAAUGAAGGCUGCCUACACCGCCUAUCGAUGCCUCACCAAAGACCUAGAAGGCUGCGCCAUGAACCCGGAGCUGACAAUGGAAAGUCUGGGCACUUUGCACGGGCCGGCCGGCGGCGGCAGUGGCGGGGGCGGCGGCGGGGGCGGCGGGGGCGGCGGCGGGGGCCCGGGCCAUGAGCAGGAGCUGCUGGCCAGCCCCAGCCCCCACCACGCGGGCCGCGGCGCCGCUGGCUCGCUGCGGGGCCCUCCGCCGCCGCCAACGGCGCACCAGGAGCUGGGCACGGCGGCAGCGGCGGCGGCGGCGGCGUCGCGCUCGGCCAUGGUCACCAGCAUGGCCUCGAUCCUGGACGGCGGCGACUACCGGCCCGAGCUCUCCAUCCCGCUGCACCACGCCAUGAGCAUGUCCUGCGACUCGUCCCCGCCUGGCAUGGGCAUGAGCAACACCUACACCACGCUGACGCCGCUCCAGCCGCUGCCACCUAUCUCCACCGUGUCUGACAAGUUCCACCACCCGCACCCGCACCACCACCCGCACCACCACCACCAUCACCACCACCAGCGCCUGUCCGGCAACGUCAGCGGCAGCUUCACCCUCAUGCGCGACGAGCGCGGGCUGCCGGCCAUGAACAACCUCUACAGCCCCUACAAGGAGAUGCCCGGCAUGAGCCAGAGCCUGUCCCCGCUGGCCGCGACGCCGCUGGGCAACGGGUUAGGCGGCCUCCACAACGCGCAGCAGAGUCUACCCAACUACGGUCCGCCGGGCCACGACAAAAUGCUCAGUCCCAACUUCGACGCGCACCACACUGCCAUGCUGACCCGCGGUGAGCAACACCUGUCCCGCGGCCUGGGCACCCCGCCUGCGGCCAUGAUGUCGCACCUCAACGGCCUACACCACCCGGGCCACACUCAGUCCCACGGGCCGGUGCUGGCGCCCAGUCGCGAGCGGCCACCCUCGUCUUCAUCGGGCUCGCAGGUGGCUACGUCGGGCCAGCUGGAGGAGAUCAACACCAAAGAGGUGGCCCAGCGCAUCACCGCGGAGCUGAAGCGCUACAGCAUCCCGCAGGCGAUCUUCGCGCAGAGGGUGCUGUGCCGGUCUCAGGGGACUCUCUCCGACCUGCUCCGGAAUCCAAAACCGUGGAGUAAACUCAAAUCUGGCAGGGAGACCUUCCGCAGGAUGUGGAAGUGGCUGCAGGAGCCCGAGUUCCAGCGCAUGUCCGCCUUACGCCUGGCAGCGUGCAAACGCAAAGAGCAAGAACCAAACAAAGACAGGAACAAUUCCCAGAAGAAAUCCCGCCUGGUGUUCACUGACCUCCAACGCCGAACACUCUUCGCCAUCUUCAAGGAGAACAAACGCCCAUCAAAGGAGAUGCAGAUCACCAUUUCCCAGCAGCUGGGCCUGGAGCUCACGACCGUCAGCAACUUCUUCAUGAACGCCCGGCGCCGCAGCCUGGAGAAGUGGCAAGACGAUCUGAGCACCGGGGGCUCCUCAUCCGCCUCCAGCACGUGUACCAAAGCAUGAUGGAAGGACUCUCACUUGGGCACAAGUCACCUCCAAACGAGGACAACAGAUACCAAAAGCAAACAAAGGAAAAAGACACCGGAUUCCUAGCUGGGGCCCUUCACUGGUGAUUUGAAAGCACAAUUCUCUUGCAAAGAAGCUUCUAUUCUAGCUGUAAUCAUAGGCCAGGUGUUUUUUUGUUUUUAAUGGCUAUGGAGUCCAAGUGCAAGCCAAAAAAUUAAUCUCUUAGAAUCAGACACUGUCCUCUGAGCAUGCUAAGCAUCCCAGAAACCCAAAUGGGGCCUUCCUGAAGCGAGUUAAUUCCAGUAUGGUGUCGCCCAAGCUCAGGAUUACUUAAAAUGUUAUCCGUCCCACUUCGGGUCCUGUCAGUUUCUUGCAGUCAGAGUUCCUAUGAGUAACAAUGGGAAUUUGGCCUAUGUAAAUACUCUGAGUUUAGGCUUCCAAGAUGCAACAAUAAGAGAAGAAUCUAGCAACAAGAAUGACCUCAUUUGCUUUCCACGUGCUUAGCCUCAUUAUACCACAGUACAUCCAAGUUCACAGCCAUAACAUAAAAAACAUCAGAGUGGUAGUUACUGAGCACAAGUUUUAAAUAUGGACAUUAGAAAAACAAUCCAAGGACCUGUUUUUCCAACUCAGACAUCUUUUCAUUGAAUGAUUUAGAAAGCUUCAAGUUGAUCCAGCUUACAAUUUUUUUUUUUUCUUUACCUCCUGAAAAUCUCAUAUGGUCUUGGAUCCGUCAAAAAAACAAUCGGUUCACUUGAGCUCAAAGUAUCAAGCACAACAAAGAUAAACAGAAGUAAGAAAAGUUCUGGGUUCACCGCAUCUAGGUUUUCAAGACACCUAUUGUUAAGUCAUUAGGGAAUUGAUGAGAAUAUGGCUUCAAGCACAUUGCAGUUUGCUACAAAUUCUGUUGUACGUAAUGCAGACGCACACUCAGGAGGCCAAUUUAACUGUUAUGGUACAUGGAGCAAAGGCAGCAUUUUAAAAGAUCUAGAUUUUUUUAGAUCAUUAAUAUGUCCUUCAUGGUUGAUCAGUCAUCUGGUCCCUCCUACUGUACAUUAUGACCACCAUGUAAUCCAUUCUCACUCUUUCUGAUUUGGGGUUUUUCCUCAUCUAUACCAUUAGUAGGGAUGUUUUCUGUGUUUUCUAGCAAGAAAAAAAAAAUCAAUCAAACCUCCAUACAUGUUACUCAUGACUGUCAUCUAGUCCUAAAUCUCUUCUGUUGUUGAAUCAUCCUUGCAAAACAGCUGAAUAAAUCUGGAAAAAACACAGCACACCAAAGAAGCAGAAUACUGCAAACCAAAGACAUUUAUGACUUGUCAUUUUCUAGCCUAAAAAUACUGUGAUUACUUUUAGAAAUCAGAAAACCUCUGCAACUCCGAAUGGCAUUCAGCUCUUGCAUUUGGCGCACCAUCAGGCUGAGCGGACCAGCUACGCCAAAGACAUUAGCCAAGCCACCCAGUGGAGUGGCUUUGCCAUGCCAACUCUCACCUUCCCAUAGCAAGUGGAAGAGCGCCUACAGAACUCUGGGAGAUUGCGAAGGUCACAAUGUGCAUACUUACCAGUGAAUGGCCCCAGGUGGGCACCAUGGGGGUGUUCAAAGCAAGCCAAACGCUGCAAUGAUUCUUUACAGACACUUGAGACUGAACUUUUUUAUGAAUUAUUUAAUCGAAACCAAAGAAACUUUUUCUGCACCUACUUCUGCAACAAACAAAAAAAAAAAAAAAAAAAAAAAAAAAAAAAAAAAAAAAAAAAAAAAAAAAAAAAAAAAAAAAAAAAAAAAAAAAAAACAGAAACAAAAACAAAGAAACAGCGAGACAUACUGUUCAAACAGACCUCUUGGGACAUUUUUUGGAAGCAGAUUUUAAAGAAAGGGUUGAGACAAAGAUAGAAAUAAGGAAGAGCCUCAGUGGCUGCUGCUUCAUUUGACAACUCACACGGUAAUCUUAAAGUUGAAGAUUGUCUUUAAUUUGUGCCUAUGCAGUUUUUCAAAAGAACACGGAACAGAGCAACAGAAACCUCAACAGCUACAAUACCAAAGAUGAGGAUUUCUCACACCUUUUGUUUCAGUUCAUUAUCUCCUCUUGCCUGGCUAAAAUACUAAUAGCGCCAUUGAUCUGUAUAAAGGUAAUCAAUUAUGUUUCUCUGAGCAACAAAAGGAAAGGGCCAUUUAUUUGAUUUUAUUGUUUCCCUUUAAUUUUGUUUUACAGCUUUUUACCCCAACAUGGAAUCUCUCAGAAGUUUCCAUGCACUCCAAGUUUAAGAUGUUGGGAUAUUGAACAGUUCUUGUCUCUCUGCUCAGCAGAGGGUAGGGGAUAACAUUAUCACUUGAAUGUUCUUUGCUUAACCCUUAGACUUGGUUCCUUCUAUGUUCAGAGUCUCAUCAUCAGGGGAGGGAAAGGGAGUAAGGGUCAGGGAUAGGGGUCUUGGUGAUGCAUCCUCUCCUGAGCCACAGAACCAAAGAGUUUAUAGAGGAAUUUACAGCCUCGUUUUCACAUGAUUGCUACAUCCUAACAGGGCUUCAUUUGGGGGUGGGGGGAAACAUGUAAAAAUAAUUGCCAGUUUCUACUUUUCUAUUAGCUUUUUAAAAAUCAGCUGUAAAGUUGCAUUUCUAAAGAAAGAUAUAUAUAAUAUAUAAAUACGUAUAUAGAUCAACUUGACAUUGGUGAUAACCCAAAAUUAUUGCUGUCCAAAUUCAUGUCUUGUUUUUGUCCAGUGCUUCAUUUGUUAAGUAUUCGGUUCAGAAUUUUUCUCAUUUCUCAUGCCAUUUCAGAGUUAAUUUGCCACUGUGGAUGAUUUGAAGUAUUCAGAUCUCUAUGGAAGUUUCUGGGAAAGGUUUAAAGUCAAGAUCAAGCAUUUCAGCAUUUAACCUGUUGAUAAAUGGAUCCAUGGUGUAAAUGAGUUUUAUUUGUAUUCGGAGUCAUCUCUAUUCUAUGCCUCAGUCUUGACAAGGUGGUGAGUGAGGUACAUCCGCCAGACUCGGCCCAGAACUGGGCCCUGACAGUGGGGUGCUCAUCUUCUGUAACUGCUGGGAAGGCUCACUGAUCCAUUUUCACCAGUUAUAGAAUAUGAGACCAGCCCAGAAAUCUGUUGUCCAGGAGCUGCCCUGUCCCAUCUAGGUGUGCCAGACCCCCUCGGUGAGCAGAUCCAUCAAAGGGACUUCUCAUAGGGGAAGUCCAGCUUCUGUUGCAAUGGGUUGAUAGAUUUCCUCAGGGUGGUAAUUACCAAUUUGUAUUUUGACAAGCCUAUGUGCAACCACAGCUGGCACUGGGGUGGGCAGUGGUGUUGGGUGGGGUGGGAGAGAGUGUCUCAAUCCUGGAGAGAAAAUAUGAAGCAGGUUUUGGGGAGACUCCCAGAGUCCUGCCCCUGGGGAGCCCCAUUGUUGAUCUUUGUGCCACCUCCUGAUUCUCGCUAUGUAGGUCUCCCUGUGCUGUGAGAGAACACAACUCUCCACAAUUUUUAUAAUUCAUCCUGCCUGGGAGAUUGUUCCUUGGCUUUUCCCUUGUGUCCCUUUGUCCCUUGCUCAUCCUCCAUGUUUCCUUUGUCAAAGGACUAAGAAAAGAGCAUAUUUCAACAGAGGAAUGUUCCCAGGUGGGUUGAUUUCAACUUGGGUAUUUCUAAACGAGUCCUUAUAACAUGUAGCCAAUGGAAAUGAUUGCUCUUUUCCAGACUGGAUUGAGGAAUAGAGCCUGCUUGAUUUGGUUAGGGAUCCUUUGGCACUGUAAUCUCAGCAUUUGGAUCUCCAGCAUCCUCUGAAGAUGUCUAGACCAAUAGAGGCUGCCUUUGUGACCUGAUAUUUCAACACUGGUCAAACCAGUCCUCUGGUGAUCAGAAGAACAUGUCAUAAUAUUUUAAAAAAAAAAAAAAAAGGCAAGAAUUUUUCCCCAGGAGCUUUAAUAAAUGUCUCAUACCAGAUAAUGUCAUGCCAGAGAGAAGAGCUUGCUUUUAAAAAAUUAUUUACAUACAUAUAUAAAUAUAUGUGUGUAUCUAUACAGUUAUGUGUCAAAAUUUUAAGCCCUGCAGAAUUUCAAUGUGUUAGAAAUCUAACAGAAAAAUAUGCUAUAUUGAAAGGUAAUAGAAUUUAACCCAGUGAGUUUACUCAAGGAUUUUUAAAUUUUAUUUUAAGUUAAUAAUUUCAGAGAAAAUACUCAUUUGGAUUUGGUUAUAGUUUAGGAUCCAUUACCUCAAUCCAAGGAAAAUUCCAGGCAUUCCUCAGCCAUCAGCAAAAGGGAUGGUGUGAAGGAACAGUUAACCAAAUUUCACAUUCUUGAGGCAACAGAAAUGCAAACUCUCACAGAAAUUGAGUGGAAAAAUACUUGCCUUCAUUCCUUUACACAAAUAGGCUUGCAUUGUUUUUGUUUUAGUGUGAUUUUGGUACUGGGGAUGUAGUUAUUUCAUUCCAGGAAAUAAUAAUAAUAAAAAGAGACAUUACAGUUCUUUUUUAAAAGGAAACAGUAACAACAAUAAAAACUCAACACCAAUAUUUAAAAGCUUUUCCAAAAUGUAAAAGAAGUGUUUAGCUUGCACCAUGUAUAAAGGUACAGGCUAGUUGAGCCAGAAAGCAUGGCAAUUCUUCUGGAGAAAUCUGGAAAGAAUUGCCUCUAAGCUGCCUUUUCCCCCUGCAGGCUCUUGGCAGUUGUAGGCUUUAGGAAGUCCAAAAUAAUUUUGAAUUCAAGCCAAAAUAAAAUAAAAAUUUGGAAUGUCAAUCUGAUACACACACACACACUUACUUUUCUAAGUCAACCAACGUAUUUCAAAGCCAAAAAUAAAUACUUUUAGAUAAUCAGUUAUUUUCCCUUGUCUAUACUGGGCAUCCACCUACUAGUGGCAGUAAAUUAAAGUUGAACAGAUUUUAAAAUCACUGUUACCUGGGUAGAGGGGGAAACUUCCCCACUUUUGAAAAUGUUUAUAGGAUUAUAGGAAUGUCUGUUUGAUUAUCAUUACCAAAGUGUCAUGACAGUAUGCCUUUGUAGUGAACUCGGAUUUUCAGGAGUUUGACUAGUUGGAUAUUUUAAAAUCUAAGAAGAAAAGGCCUGUUUGCAAUGUUGUUGAAGAAUAAUGGACUCUAUCAAAAAGUGGAGAAAAAGAUGAUACAUGUGGUGGAGGUUGACCACAAGGUCCAGACACAACUACCUUGGCGAUAACCUUCUAGAUUCGUAACAGGUUAGAGUGACUUUUUGUUUUUGUUGUUGCUGAUGCUGUGUGACUCGGACUUCUUAGCCUAACCAGGAAGAGUAAGUGGAAAUGGUAGAAGAAGUGAUAGAGCUGAUGUACCUAUAACUUUCUGAUACUUGUCUGCCAAACUUGAUAGAUUAGUAAUUUUGUAUCUUUAGCUAAGACCAAGUCACCUCUGAAACAACAGGAGAUUCUAAUUUUAAAAUAAGGCCACAAAAAUCCUUACUGAAUAAAGAAUGGCACCCCAGUUGGCUGUAUAAGUCUUAUAGGAUAAUGAUGUUGGCUUUAAAUAUGGAUGUCUCAAUGCCUAUUUUCUAUCAAUGAUUUGUUUGUUUCCAAGGUAAGGGAGGGAAAGAGGGGAGGGUUUAUCUGUUUUAGAAAGUCUCAGAAUACUUAUAAAAUACAAAAGUCAUUAUUAAAAUAUAUAGGACCUCACAUAGGUAGAUGCAGAACUUACCACUGAGGCUAACGGGCUGUUGUGUGAAUCACACAGGACCUUAAAUGAGGCUCGUUAUUCUCAGAUACCAAAAUGACUGACAGCCAGAAGCAGUUAUUGCUAGAGCCCAAGCUUUCCUUAGAGGUUUUGGAGUUAGUUGUUUGGAAUUAACCAGCUAGUACUUUUUUUUUAGUGGAGAAAAUGUGUGUAAGAAAAAAACACAUUGUUACCAGUUUGUUCAUCCUAGGGAAGUCUUCCACUCUGCUCCAUUUUUAGCAGCAGGCAUUUCGCAUCAUCGCAUAAACCUUGGCAGAUAAGUCUGCCUAAAGCUUAUACAGUCUGUCGGCUUGGAUGUAUACAAAUUUAGAUACAUAUUUUAACAUGUAUUCUCAUAGACAUCUUUACAACAAUAAGCGUUACCUAUAGGUGUCUAGACUGUGUACAUACAAGUGUGUGCAGACAUGCUUCAUACAUAUAAACUGUAAUCUGUUACAAUAAAUAGAUUUUAAAUCAUCAUUUAACAUUUAUGUGGUACUUUUACAAUGUACAUUGUUUUCAUUAUUUAUUGUGACAUUGAAAACCAAAGGGCAAGGAAAACAAAAGUAUCCCAGCAUCUUCAUCUUGUACACUUGGAAUUAAUUUCAUUUGGGCCCAUCCAAGAUAAACUCAACUUUCAAAAAAUCUUUUAUAUUGUUUAAUCAUCUGUGUUAGGAUGACACCUAUGCUUGAAGACUUCGGUUGAAUAGCUUUAUUCUGGAUCUUUCAUAACUAAAGCUAAAUCCAAAGACCUGAAAAAGGAAAAAAAAAGAAAAAACAAAGAAAAAGAAGAAAAAAUAGUAAAGUCAAGCGCAAACCAAUGGGGAGACAGUGGGCUCUGGUUUCCAGGGUUGAGACAGUGGUACUGCGGUCCUGGGGAGGCUGCAUUAGCUAGUUGGGAGUGGUGAUAUUUUUCAUGCUUGUCACAUCUAAGUGGUCUUUUAACAUGAGAAAGCUUCAGAGGUUAUAAUUUCCUGCUCUAUUUUUAUUUAGACUAUCAAAAGAGGUUAUACAUGUUGUCAGUCAAAAAAUGAAGACACCACCCCACCUCGCCCCACAGAAUGUUUUUUAUCUUGACUCUUUGGGUUAUGACCCAACAAUCUGAGUAUAAUUAACGUAAUUAACUUAUUUAAAUUAGUUUCUAGUACAUAAAUGUAUAGGAUUUGGGUAAUUAUUUGACCAUCCUCUCUUAGUUUGAUUUUAGUCCUUGUGCUUAUUUAUCAAAACCUAGACCGAUGGUGCAUCAGAGAUGCAAAAUUCUACUUGGAAUACUCUUGAAGUUUAGUUUGCUUUAUAAAGCAGUGAAAUUCUGUUACAGACAGGGAAGAAAUACAGGUUACAAAAAGAGAAUUUGGAAUAUUCUUCCCUGUUAAAUUAGCUUUUAAAAUAAUCUAAGUAACAAUUAUUAAAUUAUUUAACUUAAGUUCGCAGCCCCACCUGGUACCAGGUGAACUUCACCUCUUAAUUAUUGUGGCCCUCAGAGCCUUCAUAUUGUAACUUAUUUAUUUAACUUAUUCAGCAUCUGUGAAAGGUGCACUAUAUAGUUUAUAUUUUUUAUUUAAAACAACAGAGAGCACUGCAGUUUGUUUGCUGUCAGAACAACAGAGCAAAUUUUGUGGACAAGCAAUGACUAUUCAACCUGAACCUGUGCAUUCAGAAAACAUAAGCCGAGACCCUGCUUCAUCAGCCUGGAUUUCGGGGCUUCUAUACAGAAACUGGAAAAAUAAAUUAAAAAAAAAAUCGUUAAGCAAAAAGAGAGAAACCCUUACACUAGCUGCUUCCAAGAAUGAACUCUGUGUGUAUGUAAAGCAACAAAAAAAAAAAGGAAAAAAAAAAAAAAGCAGAAAAAAAGAAAAAAAAAGGAAAAACUUUCUAUUUCUAGUGAGAACCAAAGAAGGCUACCUCACUGACUUUUUCCAUUUGUAAUUUUAAUCGUGUUGAUGACACACCAAAGAUACCAAAGAUUUCUUUCUCUGUGCGGUCUGCAUUUUGCUUGUGCUCUUUUAUAAUUUGAACGAUUUUCUCUGACAUAUGGUAUGUACAGCCACAGCUCAGAUACCCCAAAGAAAUAAUUAUCUAUGUGACGGCGGCUGCUAAUUUGGAAAGGGAUAUUUUCUGUGUUUGUCUUAUUUGUUUGCUGUCCCCUCCGCAUGUUCAGGAUGUGAGUUCAGAUGCUGCUGUAAUUGGAUUCCUUAAAUUCUGAUUCCAAAUUGGGAAAGGAAACUGUUUGGAAAUGGCCUUCAGUCCUAGCCAUGGCCUCUGUCCCUGCUGGGAGCUAUCACAGUGAAGAUUGCCAGUUACCUCAGAAGCUCUGACCAUUGAGUAGUUGAGCUGGAAGAGACCUUAGGAAUCAUUUAGUCCAAGCCCCGGUGGCCUGGAGAAAUGAAAUAGUUAUCCAAAUCAAAUAACUCUCGAGAGUGAAAGCCAAACACGCCUCCUGGUUCCUGUCCCAGCACUCCACCUAUUGUGCAGUGCUGCCUAUGCAUGAGACGGGUGCCACAUGGACAAAUAGAACAGUGGCAAUCCUUUAGCAAUGAACAGGGACUAGGGUUUAUCUCUUAACAUUUUCAGCCUGUAAAAAUAGUCACAAGCAUUUUCAGUGUCCCGUUAGUAUCUCAACGUAGUCGCAUAUGAUGAGUGGCUUUGUGAAGGUGGCAUGCCUUGCAAUACAAAGACUUUUUGCCCUAGGAAAUACAUGUUGAUCCCAAUAGUGUGAUCACUUUUGAAAUUUUCCAUUGCAAAGCAUUGUAUAAAUAAGUUUUUAAUUCAGACGGAGAAGAAAGUUCAUUCUUGGCUUGUUGGAUUUGAUUAUUAUGGGUAUUUUAAAGUCAGUAUUUAUCAAGAAAGGGAAUUUGACCACCAUUGGCACAUGUGACAUUUAAUCUCUUCAGCCUUUUCCUUUCCCGUUAUAGGUGUUGACGUUUCAUUUGUAAGCCAACUCUGUAUUUAUGAGAGAAGUUUAAGCCUUACAUCAUUUGAUAACAAAGCGUUAUUCAUGGUAAAUAAAAAAUGACCCCAAAAUUACAGAGGAAUGGAUAUGCCAGUUUAAGAAAUGGCUACUUAAAGUGCUUCUCUCUUUCCUUCUUACUCAUGAAAUUAAUUGGUCUUCUUCAAGUUUCUUUAGAUUCCAUUAAAUGAUUAAAUCACUAUUAAGAUCCAUUCAUCAACAUGAUUUGUGUGUUAGCCAAUGAAUCUGUCUCUCAGCUUUUGACCAAAUGGGUUUUAGACACAUGCAAAGAUCCACCUCUAGUCCAUAUAGCUCUUUUUGAGUGCUACUCUUUUGCAUUUCACAUAAUGUAGUUAUCUUUGAGCUUUUAAAGAGACCAUUUAGACAAAGAAGCAAAGAGAGGAAAAGACCAAUCAACUCAUCAGUUCCAUGCCUCAACAAAGCAUAGCUAGUAAGGGAAUAUAGAUGAUAGAUUGACAAACUGUAGGAAACACUGUUAUCCUCUUUCUGAAGUUUUCAAUUGCCACCUGAUGUGAAAGUUCCCUCUUGUCUAAACAAGCUCAAAGCCCCAUCUUCUCCCUAUACAAGGCAGACCUGUAAGGCCUUCCUUCCAAAGAACACAUUGUUUUGGUUUUCUUCCCAAAUUCCUAUUGGAAAUAGAACUCUCAGAAUCCCUGGGAGACAGAGCAAAAAUGACUUGAUUCACUGAGCAGCAGAGCUCCCCUAUAAGCGAACAUCACCUUCCCCAAUCUUCCUACUGCCACAUCCAUACGAGAGAGGAUCUAGGAAGAGCCAUGGCAGCCUGAACACAGAAAACAUCCCCACUUGGCAGACACCUCCUCAGCAACCCCCCCCCCCAGCCUCAUGCUUCACUUGCAAAGUGUGACAUAACCACGGGACGAGUGCCUUGCUUGAACCAAAGCAACGAUUUAGCCAGUCUGGACCUCUCUGUGCUUUUUUUAAUUCUUCCUGUGAAUACCUCAGCUUCAACUGGGCCUCCAUACAGUCAAUUGGUGGGCUUAUUGUACUGUGGUGCUUUGCAAUGCAACCCUGCAAAGAACAAGAUUUGUACUAAUACCAAAGGUUCUUUCUCUAUGUCUCCUCCUCUGCCUCCCUCGUUCUUCCCUUUUUUCUAGUUCUUCAUGGUUCCAAAGCUUUACUAUGAACCCGGGCACGUUGGCAAUGCAGACCGCGCAAUUCCUUACCGAAUUUUCUCAGAUAUACCUCAUAGACAAUAGUGUUUAGAGUAAUGUUAUUAUAGCGUAUGUAAUAAAUUAUUCACUGUUUCUUUUGGUAACUGUGAUUUAAAAAAAGAAAAAAGAAAAAAAAAAGCUUUAUACGUUUUAGGUUGUGCUUUUGUAAUAGACGAAAAAGGUGCGCUUAAAAAGAAAAAUGUAUGUUUUUUCACCCCUUUGGAUUUUGUUUAUGCUGGAUUGGGGAAAGUUGCAGAAUGAGCCCAAAGUUUACAGUUUCAUAUUUUGCUGAAGAAACAAUCUGUGUUCAUUUGCUCUGUUGAAAAGAAUAAUUAUUUUCUACAUUUGUGCUACUUGGUCUGAACAAUUAAUUGUUCUGUGUUAACAGUGUAGUAUUAUAAUUAGCAACUGCCAAUCAGUGCUCUAAUUUUAUGCAUGAGGCUAAAAAUUUAGCAGUGUGAUGCACUGUGGUCUUAAUAGCAACAUUUUUCGUUUUGAGCUAGAUCUUCCCCUUUGGUUCCGUGGACUUUAUUUAUGCAUGGGCGCCUAUUGUUUGUUAGCAGUUGUGGAACAGUUGUGUAUACAUUAAACUGUGAAAAUGUACACAGUUCAGCCCCAGACGGUGGUAAUAUUGGUUUUAUUGGGAGAUGUCUCACCUCGAAAAUACCCUUUACAUCUGUUGGGAUCUGAAAAUGAAUCGCAUUGAAUUGGCUUCAGACUUUAUAAUGAGAAAGGUUAUUCCAAAUUUUUGAGUUAGCCGAUUUGCAUUCCACAAAUUGGGAUCCUCAUAACCCAGAUAUAUCACCAUAUCAGAGAGGGGUUUGAGAGCAAGUAUUGAAAAACUCACCUUUGCAUAUUUAAUUUCCAUGAAAAGGAGUUAUUUUGGCUUUAUGCUCAUGAACUUAGACCUAACUGGCCCUGUAUAUGGAGGUGCAAAUAACCCAGCUCUGGCCCUGUUUGAUCUCUGCUUGGGAAUGGCUAUUUUUGACUGUGCGUGGUUUCUUCUAGUAUUUUGUCAUCACGUCAGUUCCCAGUAGAAACUCAAAUGGCAUUCUUCUCUGGCUUUUUUGUCCACUCUCCUGGACAUUCCCACCAACUGUUCCAGUGAUUUGGACAAAAACACACAGCCAUUUCCCAAAACUUCUCAUGUGCAACUAUCAUGGCUCUCCCUCCCUAGACUUGGAGGUGACUGUAACUUAAUUUUUACCUACCUGACAAUGUUCUAUCUACCUUCUACCAGGGACUAUAAGAAGAAGUUUUGAAACCCACUUUAGGAAAACUAUCUUCUUUAAAUCCUCCAGUUAUCUGAGGUCUCUAUAUGUCAAAUGUAUUUUUCAGUUGCAGGGCGUCUGGGCAAACUUGUUCUUUCUUAUAAUUGGGUUCGGAGACCCAGUCCCAAGUUUCAUAUUUCCCAAACCAAAAUGCUUGACAUAAAGCCAAAUCAACUGCCAAGCACACUUUAUUUUGCAUAGGAGCAUGCAGGCUAGGAACCCCUGGUGGAAAAGCAGCAGUCUCCUAUGCAAAAUAUUGGAAAUCACUGACAGUACAGCAUUCAUAUUAUCUGUCAAUGAGGAUAUAUCAGGAACAGGCCGUCAUGAAUAAUACAAAGAAACAUAUUUUUAUUUGGCCUUAUGAAGUAGAUUGUGGUAAUGUAAACUUUGACAUAUAGUCUUUUUAUUUUUUCCCUUAUUAAUCUGCCAAAGAUGGGAACAGAUACACGAAUUUUUUAAAUCGGCUUCUGUAAGACAGUUAAUGAUUGUACUAGUGUUUAAUCUUCAGAAAGCUUUAUGUGUUCUUCCACAAUAAAACUGAUAUUUGUUUCAGCAAAGUUUUCCUAAAACCCACAAACCCACAAACUAUUCCUCUUAAUGCAGAUAUUGUAGAAUCUACCAAGUUCAAAUGCAUUUUUGAUCCAAAGAAAACAGAGGGGUGUUUGAGACAUGAGUGUACCCAGCCACCCCCCCGGCUUUUUUUUAAUCGCAGGCAAUGCAUGGGUCUGGCUCUUUACACUUUGCCAAUAAGACUUGUCUUAUGAAAUCCAAGGUAUAUUUUGUUGUGCCAUUUUAUGUCCUUUUUUUUUUUUAACAUUGUGGAAAGUGGUAUGUUGAAUCAAGUGUAAGCUGAGUUUUCCAGACAACUGAAGUGAAUGUUGUUAUUUUGUUAUUAAAGGGUUUUUACUCAAUGCUUUGUGCCAGUGGAUGUCCUUUUCCUUGGAGACACAAAACUACAAAAUUACCUCAGCUUGGCCUGGUUUUCCUCUCUGCCCUUUUGGGGAAACAUGGGCCUGGCCUGGGAAAAGGCAGAUCAUGGGCUGGAAGGUAGGUUUUGGUACUGGGAAGAGACCUCAAUGUCCGUCAGCUUUAAAGAGAACUGGGCCAAAACUCUCUAACCUUACUCUCUCUGGACGCCAGCACUUCCCUGCAAUCCCCUGGUCUUGAGCAUGUGUCAGCACAAAGGCAGACUCCAAUUCACACAUGAAAGGCAAGAAAAAGAAAAUAGUAACUUGAAUCUUCUGGGCUCACCAGGCACUCACCUUUCCCACCUUGCACUCUACCCAGUCAAGGCUGUUGCAGCCCAUCUGGUGGCUUCACCUGGGACAUUACUGAAGGCUUCUUCCUUCAUCUUGGGGCUGCAAAGGGUCCAGGUCCCCUCAUCCAGUGAGGCUCUUCCAGAUCAGAAGUCUCCUUCCCACCAGACUUGCAUCUUGUUUAGCUAUCCCAUCUGUACCUUUUGGAGAUGAUUAUUUAGAAAACAAAGCAACGUAUGGAAUGGGGUUUUCUAUUGUUUUGUUUCUAGGUUAUAUUUUAAUUAUUCUCAAUUCUUUGAUCUGGAAAACACAAGAGGGAAAAGGAGACCCCACUGUCUCCCUGUGCCUUGCUCCCAUCUCAGGGGGCAGGGGCAGUGCACAUUGCCUGUGCUGUUGAUCUGUCUUAGGGGACUGGCUGAACCACAGCUAUUGUCCCAGCCAAAAACAUGGCUCAUCCAUGCCUACUUUAUCUCUGCUUGAAAGUCCUAUUCAAAAAGUUGUAGAGUUUGUGGCUUUUUUCUAUAUCCUUUGCUUUGGUCCAGUUUGGCCUUUAGCUUAAGAGUCAGCUUACUCUCUAGGAAAGUUUUUGUGGAUUAUGAUAAGGAUCCUGCCAUCUGGGAAGAAAAGAAAUCCAAAGAUUCUCUGGCGAUUGGAUGGGUAGUCAUAUCAUUACAGAUACUUCCCUGAAGGUAGGAUAUUAUUUCCUUUCUUUACUGCACUGUUUUGUGUUGCACAAGUCCAGUGGUGCCAGGAGACUUCUUACCAUGAAAGGUUGAAAAACACCUGGCAUACUGAAAUUUCUGAAAUAAAAACACAAGCUUCACAUUGAUAACUUGACACAUAAUCACUGAAGUUUAGAUGCAGGGACUGAGAUGAUACAGGCAAAUUCUUGGUGUUGGUUUCUCUUCUAAUUCAUAUUUCCAAUCACCUAAUCUUCCCUCAAUUCAAGAGCAGUUCAGUCGUUUCUCCCCAGGUCUAGGACGCCAAAGAGCUUCAUGAAAAAAGAUAAUUAGGAAUUGACCAGCAUUUCAAUUAGUUUUCGUCUUCAUCCUUUGCAUUUCUUAAAAGUGUUAUCCUGAACCAGAGAGAAAGAGCCUGUCCAUUUUUUUUUUCAUUCUUUCUAUUCAAAUAUUCCCACCAAGAUAAUACUUUAUUAACACAGGUACUGUAGAUCUUUCCUUGGUCAGUGAAUUAUUACAAGAGAAACUAUCCUUCUACCAAAGUGAGUGAAAACAAGUUUUAGUGUCUUUUCUUCCAUCGAGUUUUGUUCUCAGAAUCCGUCAGUCCUGGCUCUUUUCCCACUUUAGGCCCUGGCCUCAGAUGUGUUUACUUUUGCUAUUUAAAAUACCUUUAAGUUUCACCUGCUGGCCUGCAGGAUUUGCAUCCUCUCUUCUAUACUGUUGACUGCUUGAUGGUAUUGAAAGGUGACUAUAAUGAGGGAAUAAAGGAGGAGUAAAGAGAGAAGAAUUUGUCCCAGGUCUGUUUAAAGUUUUAAAAUUUAAAAUGGGACUCAUUAAAUUAUGGGAAAAUGGGGCUAUAAAGUGUGAGCCUCCUUUGACCAUAUGCUCAAAGACCAUACUCUGCCACCUGCCUUCUAGGUAGCUAUUCUAGAAACGACCCUUUAGUAGAAACCCAACUACCCUUUAUAGGUCUCUUUCCAGAUUCCAAAAGGACAAGAGAUCAGAGAGGCACAUAUACGCCUCUUGUUUUAUUUUCUUGCUUUCACAGAUGUUAUCUCCAAGAAAAUCAUAGGAGAAAACUGUAAACUAUUCUUUUCAGUUGAUCCCUUUGACAUCACCUCUCAUGUUUAAAAUCAGGAAAACACACCCCUAAAAUUUGCACUCCCUUCUGUUUUGAAAAAGAAAACCCAUACACAAAUCCUCACUAUUACUGUCUUUUAACCCUGAGCUAUAUUUCCAAAGCAUAUUCCAGAUUUUGCCCUAUCUCAAACAUGUUAAGUCAGACUGUGCUGAAAGACUUUCCAGGGACAGUCAACAGGGUAUAUGUUCAGUGGCUGCCCUGAAAUCCUGGUGGGGAUGAGGAUCACACUUCAUCAUCAAGGGGAUGCCCACCCCCUGAUAAGCUCCCAGUCCUUUUGCAAGAUUUCUUUGAAUGUUAAUUGCAUUUUCAAUCUUGCUCAUUUCCUACCCCGAUGUUUUGUCUGUGACAUCGCUUACACUGGAUUAUUUCUAUUUUUAUUCCUAUCAUUAAAUGGUAGUGCUGUAAAUUCUGCAAUUAAUGUUAAAUAAACUGCUUUAAUUCAUUGA